GAAAGAAGGCAAGAGACACCACGGUGUCACGGUAAGGGCGAUAUAACCACGUCACCGUCCCAGUAACCUUUCUCAGUUGACACCAGACGGAACCCGGAGGUGCGUCUCGAGUGGAAGACUAGCCAGUGGAAGGCGUCUAUCGCAUCCCUUCUACAUCCCUUCUACAUCCCUCCUGUCCCUCCGUUCUUUCCUUCCUUCCCUUCGUCUUUCGUCGGCGAUCAUGCCCAUGUUCGGGAGCCAGCAAGGGAGCAGACCCGGAAGACCCCGAGCCCGAAGCUUCCUCUUCGACGACCUGGCCGACGACAUCUGGGACUUCGACGACGCCUGGUUCUCCCGCCACCGCAAGACGAACCGACUCUUCGACUUCGGGGACCUCCUCUGGGAAUUCCUCCGCGUCCAGUCUCUCCUGGACUACCUCCUGGGUCAGCGCUGCUCCCGCUCCCGGUUCCGUCCCGAGGAUCCCCCGCAGCAGCAGCCUCGCCGCCAUCAUUCUCAUUAUCAUCGCAGACCCGGCCGAAGGGACGAGGGUCGAAGGGAUUCCACCCAUUCGUAUCGAAUCCCCAGCCCCGAUCCCAAGCACGAUCGGAGUCGCAGAUGGAAGGACUUGGAAGAAGAGAUGAAAAAGAUCCUCAGAGACAGGUUCACCGAGGAGUGGACGAGCGAUUAUGCGAGCGACGAGGAGGACAGAGAUCGGCCUCGCUACCGUUCUUCCAUGACCUUCACUCGGUUCACCCCCAAGAAGGACCAAGGAAGUCCCUUCACCCAUAAAACCCGAAAAGAGAAGGAUCAGGACCAGGAGGUACCGACCGGAACCGAGUCCAUCCGCAAACCCCAGUCCGAGUACCAGCGACCGAGCGCUAGAAAGUACGAGGAGGAAACGAAGACGAAGUACCAGCAUGAGCCCUGGAAGUACCGUGGACCAGAUACCAGAAAGGACGACGAGGAAGCGAAGACAAAGUACCAAUAUGAACCCUGGAAGUACCGUGGACCAGUUACCAGAAAGGACGACGAGGAAACGAGGAGGAAGUACCCUGGACCAGGUACCAGAAAGGACGACGAAGAUACGAAGACAAAGUACCAGCAUGAACCCUGGAAGUACCCUGGACCAGGUACCAGAAAGGACGACGAGGAAACGAGGACGAAGUACCCUGGACCAGGUACCAGAAAGAACGACAAAGAAACGAAGUGCCAAUAUGACCCCUUGAAGUACAAUAAAUCAGGUACCAGAAAGAACGAGGAAGAAACGAAGUCCAAGGAAGAACCCUUAAGCGCAAAGUGCGACGGCGGACCGAGGGCUAGCACCGGGACGAAGUACUACCGUCCCAGCGGAGGCACCAAGAUGUACCACCACAUCUUCAACGGACCGGGGGAGAGCACCCGAGUGGUGUACCACACCAUCAUCCGAGAGGAUUCGGCGGACGCGACGGCCAAAAAGGAUCGAGAACCUGAUGUCGUCAUCACGGAAAUCACAGACGAAGAAGCAGAGGAAAUCCUCCGAGAGGAAAGAGCCAAAAAACACCGAGAAGAGAAGAAGGAAAACGAGGAGAAAGAGAAGCGAGACAAAUGGCCGAUCCACUGCCCGAUCUGCACUGACAUGGCUGACCCGAGCGACCAGAUGAAGCUCUUCUGCGGACACACCUUCCACUCCCGGGUCGGUACAUCAGUUGUCCGCCCACCCUCGUAA